CUCUUGAUACUCAUACAUUAAUCGCUGAGACGGUCUUUCAUUCAUUUAUCGUCAGUCCAGGGUUUAGACUGAAAUUUCACAUUUCUCAUGGAGAACACCGGAAAAGUGAAGAAGGGCGCCGGCGGCAGGAAGGGCGGUGGGCCGAAGAAGAAGCCGGUUACUCGCUCCACCCGCGCUGGUCUUCAGUUCCCGGUGGGAAGAAUCGGGAGGUACUUGAAGAAGGGCCGCUACGCCGAGCGCGUCGGGAGUGGAGCUCCGGUUUACAUGGCUGCCGUUCUCGAAUACUUGGCUGCUGAAGUUUUGGAGCUGGCAGGGAAUGCGGCUCGGGACAACAAGAAGAACAGAAUCAUACCGAGGCAUGUUCUGUUGGCUGUGAGGAAUGAUGAAGAGCUUGGGAAAUUGCUUGCUGGUGUUACCAUUGCUCAUGGAGGUGUGUUGCCAAACAUCAACCCUGUGUUGUUGCCUAAGAAGACUGGAUCUGAGAAGGCAACAAAGGAGGCGAAAUCCCCAUCUAAAGCUACCAAGUCCCCAAAGAAGGCUGCUGCAUAGGAAAAGUAGAUUGUGAAAUCCUGUAAUUGUAGUAUUAGAAGAACUGUUCUUUGUUGUUCAGGAAUGUCAUGAGAACAUAACUGCUUCUUUUUAUUCCCUUGUAGGAUUGCCAUUAUCAAUCAAUGAAAAAUUGUUGUUGCCAUUUAUAA